AUCACCCAAGACGGAAGCAGAUCCACAACUCGCUGUUCAGUACAGCAACAUGGUGCGUUAGGGUUUCACCAACACGGUGGGGAUUGGUUGUUGUUGCGUGUGAGUGAGCCCAGUGCAUCAUCCUUCGCAGAGUCGACGAGCUUGCGCAGGGCUCGAUUGGAUUACAAAGGCCAAGCGGCAUCGCUCGUGGUCGCUGGGUGAGGGUGAAGCGGCGAGCAUUCACGGAUGAGUGCACCAACAGGGCCUCAUUGCCGCAUUGUUACACUCUGCACCUUUCAGGUCCCUCGUCUGCUGGCCAAAAGACGAAUCUUUGCAGAGAUUCGGCGAAGUAUAUCUCCGAAUGCUCUGCCACGUAUCAGUAGUCCGCAACCCCGUUCUGGCAUUGAAACAAUUAUCAUCUCUUUUGCCUGGCUGUCGAUUGUGCUUUUUCCUAUCUAAUCUGCCUCCUGAGAGACUGGAUUUUACAGCACUUUUGCUCCAAAUUCGCUGAUUUGGGGCCACACACAUGUGUGACAGCAAAUCGACCACUAGGCUGCUUGUUCUGAGCAGAUGUUGUGAGCUUGUUGUGGCAUCAGCGUUGGUGACAGUCUGAGGGCAGAGAGUUGCAGUUUCGAACACCCUGUUGUUAACGCCAGGCCACAUGCUGCGCUUUCAAUUGCCUUCCUGGGAUCAGAGGGAAGAGCAGUGCGAUGUAAUCACCUGCGAGUAGUCUCUAGAUAUGAAUAUAGAAAGCUUUGGAUUCACUUUCGCACUUAUCAGGUGUCGAGGUGGCCCCAAAUUUUGUACGGACUGUACUCAGACUGUCAUUUUCCUUAGUUCCGUCUUAUUUUGCACUGAUACACCUGGUUCUUACUUAAAACUUAGGAAGUUUGCUGCGAUCGUUGAAGCAAGGGCACCUAGAAGCUGAAUUCGAGUCAUCAUGGUUUUCUCAGGAGCUCCUCGAUUGAUGGUCGUUUCAGACCUUGAUAAUACAAUGGUUGAUCACAAAGAUGACUCUUAUACAUCGCUUCUGCGCUUUGGCUCUCUGUGGCAAGCAGAUUACGAGCAUGACUCUUUACUUGUCUAUUCGACGGGAAGGUCUCCUGCUUUGUAUGCCGAACUGCGGGAAGAGGUUCCCUUGAUCACACCCGGCAUCACCAUCAUGUCGGUCGGGACGGAAAUCAGGUAUGGGGAUACCAUGGAACCCGAUCACGGGUGGGAGGAGGAGCUCAAUCAGGGCUGGGAUCGAGAAGCGAUUGUCGAGGAGGGGAAGAAAUUAAAUUUGAAAUUCCAGGUGGAUUCAGAGCAGCGACCACAUAAAGUGAGUUUCUACGUGGACAAAGCUCAAGCUGACGAAGUUAUAAAAACCUUGAUAGAAAGGUUCAAAGAGCGUCAGUUGAAUGCCAAGAUCAUAUACAGCGGAGGAGUCGAUCUUGAUGUGCUUCCAACAGGAGCUGGAAAAGGUCAAGCGCUUGAAUACUUGAUGAAGAAGCUGAAAGCUGAAGGCCGCGCUCCUGGCCAUACUCUUGUGUGUGGUGACUCAGGAAAUGACGCCGAGCUCUUUGCUGUGUCGGACGUUUAUGGAGUUAUUGUGGGGAAUGCUAUGGAGGAGCUUCUUAAAUGGCAUUCGGAGUAUCAAGGAGACAAAACCCAUAUCUACCUGGCGAAAGAAAGGUGUGCAGCAGGUAUUCUCGAGGCUAUGCAACAUUUUGACCUGCAGCCCAACGUUUCUCCACGUCUGAAGUUCCAAGCAUAUGAUGCAGCUUCUGAAUUGAGUGUGUCCACUGUCGCUCACAUGGUUGUUGAAUAUCUGCUCCUGAUGGAGCAGUGGCUGAAAGCCGUCGUUGAAAACACCGACGCUGUUUUUAACCGUCUGAAAGCAUCACUGGCACCUGAUGCCAGCUAUGUUCACGCCUAUGGAAUAAUAACUAAUCCUCACGAGGAAAUCGAUACGAUGCGGGAGUUACAUGGUGUAAAGAAAAAUAAACCCUUUUUUAUUUGGGUCGAUCGGAUUCGGAUAGAGCAACUAUCAGAUACCAUGUAUCUUGCAAGAUUCGACAAGUGGGAGAAAUCGAGCUCUGGACUCUCUUGUGCAAUCACAACUGCUCUUCUGCAAACAAAGAGUGACGCCCCGAACGGAUUACUGUGGAAGUUGAUCCACGAGACAUGGCUUACUGGUCGUGAAGGGAGUGGAGCUCCUAAAUCGGCAGAUUCAACGACACAUGUUACAGGGAAGGAAGGUCCAUUGAAGGAAGUCCUCAAGUUAUAACAAGCUUGGGAUUCCAUUAUUCUUAUUCCGCUGCUGUUUAUGAUCUGCAUCAUGGUUUGACCAUGGUCUUCGACGUUGACGUUUGUCGGUGCACGUACCGACUAGUCUAAUAUUUUUUAUUCUGUUAUCUAAUGUAUUUCAUAUUGACAGAACCCAUUCAGGUUGCUUUAUUGCCCCAUCUUGUGUGGGUGUUUCUUAGUGACCUCUUAAGUAACCUCUGAAAUCAACUGAAAUGGGUGUGAUUCUCAGUAAAUCAAAACAGAUUUGAAAUAUAUUCAAUACACAUGCUUUCAAAGCAUAAAAUUAGAAAACACAGAAAGCAAAUCUAAAACUACUUGAUAAUGAUAA